AUGAAUUUGAACAGAAAAACCACCGUCUCCGGCGAUCUUAGCUCCAAGCAACCAAACGGAAAUGAUGGAGCCGAGCCGAUUAAACAUGGUGGCAAAUCCGGUGCUUCCUCCGCCAAGCCGAUGAAACGACUGCUGCCUCCUUCGCCGUACCGAUCAAAAGAUACAUGGUCACGGAAUAAUUGGAGUGUGAAGGCAAUCCGUAGAAAGACGACCGGAACUGGAAGGACGAGGUAUCUUCACAAUGUGCCUCGCAGGUUCAAGACUGGUUUCAGAGAAGGUACCGAAGCUAAGCCAAGGAACAAGGGUGCAGCUUCAUCCGCUUAAACAUUUGUUUGAGUGCUCGCAGGAAGAGAGUUGGUUGGGGGUACUUUCACCCUGCAGUUGAGGCUAUCCCCAUUUAACUUCUCCUCAUUCCUUCACCAUUUCCAGGAUAUCUGACUGGAAACAGCGUCCACCAAUGCCAAACGUUUCCGAAGCAAUGGUAACAACCCAGGAGAUGACAUGACCGGAGCUAGAGCAGUGGCUACUAAGCCCUCAGAAACCGUCACCAAAGUUCCCCCUGCAUGAUGCAGCUGCUCAAAGAGGCGUCCAUCAUGCAACUGUUGCCGGUGAAGUAACUGAUGAGGAAGCAGGAGUGCAGGAGGAUAGCAUUGGAAAAACACUCAAUUCUUAGUUUUCUAGCUUAGCGAGUGGCAAAGUCUAUAAAGGAUUAGAAUAAUGGUUUAGGAUUUCAUUGUUUAUUGAAUCUUUUCAUUGCUGGGGUUUUUACAUUUUGUUAUCGUGGCUUGGUCACUACGUUUCCUAGGUCAAAUUUUACUUGCCCUGCAACCCAGCUAGAGAACAGAUGCUUGCUUAUAGAUCUUUUUUAUUUACCAAUGUUUUCGUAUACAACAACUCUUGCAUCUUACACUGAAGAA